CAAUUGGCCUGCUUGUCAUGAUGUACCCUAUCCUCUGCAAAGUCCGCUACGAAACGCUACAUCUACUCCUCCAAUCAAAAGAGCUGUGGAUUCAAGUCAUCGUCUCGUUCGUCCUGAACUGGAUCAUCGCGCCACUCCUCAUGGUUGCACUCGCCUGGGCCUUCCUACCGGACCGCCAGGACCUACGCGAAGGGCUGAUAUUUGUGGGAGUGGCGCGCUGCAUUGCCAUGGUCCUCAUCUGGACGGAUCUCGCGCAAGGAGAUGGGGACUACUGCGCCGUGCUCGUGGCGUUCAACUCGAUUCUGCAGAUUGUGCUUUUUGCGCCUUUUGCCAUCUUCUACGUGCAGAUUGUCAGUCAUGGGGGGAAGACGACUGUCUCGUAUGAGGGCGUGGCACAGAGUGUAGGCGUGUUCCUGGGCAUUCCGGUCGGCGCGGCAGUACUGACACGACUGGUGUUGAGGAGAUUGUUGGGGGAAGACCGAUAUCAGCGGCGCUUCAUCCGGUAUAUUGCGCCCUUCUCCCUCAUUGGGCUACUCUACACUAUCAUGGUGCUUUUUGCAAGCCAGGGUGCGCAUGUGGUUAGGCAAAUUACCGACGUGCUACGUGUUUGCGCGCCGUUAGUGGUCUAUUUCCUCGUCAUGUUCACGGGCACAGUGUGGUUUUGCUGGAAGAUGGGCUUCGGAUACAAGGUCAGCUGUACACAGAGCUUCACGGCUGCGAGCAACAACUUUGAACUUGCCAUUGCCGUUGUAGUUGCCGUGUAUGGUGCGGGAAGCGGACAGGCGCUGGCAAGUACAGUUGGGCCGUUGAUCGAGGUGCCAGUCCUCGUCGGCCUGGUGUAUGUCUUGAGGUGGAUAAGAGAGAAAUGGCAGUGGGCGUAGCAUUGCAUGCGCCUUCGGGUUUCAAACUCUAAUUAAAAUUUGGUCCGACCAUGUAGUUGGGACGUUGGGUUGUUCUAGAAGACGACAGCGCUUUGUGGCGCUGGUACGAGGCUAGUCGGCUGUGUAGCAGAGUCGAUUCCAAGGUUGUGUGGACACCUUUCGAGUUUGAUGUGACGAGCUUGUGAGGGCCAGCGAUGCCUGUAAUGUAAGAGAAACAGUGUGAUCAGGGUUGGCCGGUAGAAUCUUGAUCCGUGGCCCAUGGCGGCACCCGGCACUCUGUCUUGAUGAAUGCACAUUUCUUGCAUAGUCACACCCGGUUCCUUUCCUGCUGCACUGUGUUGCAUUGUUUUCAUUUCAAG